AUGGGAUUUAGAGUAUUGGAUUUAGUAAAACCUUUUGGUCCAUUCUUACCAGAAGUUAUAGCUCCUGAACGUAAAGUCCAGUUCCAGCAAAGAGUCAUGUGGACUAUAAUUACUUUGUUAAUUUUUUUAGUAAUGAGUGAAAUUCCUUUAUAUGGUAUUGCAAGUUCAGAUUCUUCCGAUCCUUUAUUUUGGUUAAGAAUGAUGUUAGCUUCUAAUAGAGGUACUUUAAUGGAAUUAGGUAUAUCUCCAAUUGUUUCUUCAGGAAUGUUAUUUCAAUUAUUACAAGGUACAAAAUUAAUAUUUGUUGAUAUGACAAAUAAGAAUGAUAGAGAACAAUUUCAAAUUGCUCAAAAAUUAUUAGCUAUAUUAUUAUCAAUUGGUCAAGCUACUGUUUAUGUUUUAACUGGUAUGUAUGGUCCGCCAAAAAAUUUGGGUGUUGGUGUUUGUUUAUUAUUAAUUUUACAAUUGGUUUUUGCUUCAAUAAUUGUUAUAUUAUUAGAUGAAUUAUUACAAAAAGGUUAUGGUUUAGGUAGUGGUGUUUCUUUAUUUACUGCUACAAAUACAUGUGAACAAGUAUUUUGGAAAGCUUUUGCUCCAACUACUUCAUCAUCAGCAAAAGGUACAGAAUUUGAUGGUGCUGUUGUUGCAAUGUUUCAUUUAUUAGGUUCAAGAAAAGAUAAAAAAAGAGCAUUGAUUGAAUCAUUUUAUAGACAUAAUUUACCAAAUAUGUUUCAAUUAUUAGCUACGUUAUUAGUAUUUUUCGUUGUUGUUUAUUUACAAGGUUUUAGAAUUGAAUUACCUUUAAAAUCAACAAGACAAAGAGGUCCUUAUGGUUUAUAUCCAAUUAGAUUAUUUUAUACAUCGAACAUUCCAAUUAUGUUACAAAGUGCUUUAAGUUCAAAUAUCUUUAUUAUUUCACAAUUGUUAUUUAUGAGAUGGCCUAAAAAUUUAUUUGUUAGAAUUUUAGGUUCUUGGGGUGCAAGACCUGGUAGUUCACAAUUAUAUGCAAGUGGAGGAUUAGCUUAUUAUAUUCAACCACCUUUUAAUUUUACUGAAGCUUUAUUAGAUCCAAUUAAAACUACAAUUUAUAUUAUAUUUGUAUUAGGUAGUUGUGCAGUUUUUUCAACUACAUGGAUUGAAAUUUCAGGUACUUCACCAAAAGAUAUUGCUAAACAAUUUAAAGAACAAGGAUUAGUAAUUGCUGGUCAUAGAGAUACUUCUGCGUAUAAAGAAUUGAAGAAAAUUAUACCAAUUGCAGCUGCAUUUGGUGGUGCUACCAUUGGUGCAUUAUCGGUUAUAUGUGAUUUAACUGGUACUUUAGGAUCAGGUACAUCUAUAUUAUUAGCAGUUACCACUAUAUAUGGUUAUUAUGAAUUAGCUAUUAAAGAAGGUGGUUUUAAUAAAAGUAUUGUUAGUGGUUUUACUGAUGGUAUUUAG